AUGAGUGAGAUUAACAAUUCUACCUACAAUCCAAUGAAUGCAUAUGUAACGUUUACAUCAAUAUAUGGUGAUGAUACUAUGGUACGUUUCAAAGAUGUGGAAUUGGUAGUUAACAAAAGGGUUACAGAAGCCAUUAUGUUCGGCGUCAAAGUUGGUGCAGCUUCGUUGACACUCAUCAUCAUGUGGAUGAUCUCUAAGAAAAGAACAACACCGAUAUUUAUCAUAAAUCAGUCUUCGCUUGUAUUUACCAUAAUACAUGCUUCGCUUUAUUUUGGGUACCUUUUGUCAGGAUUUGGUAGUAUAGUUUACAAUAUGACAUCGUUCCCGCAGUUAAUAAGCUCCAAUGACGUUCGUGUGUACGCAGCUACAAAUAUUUUUGAGGUCCUGUUGGUAGCAUCUAUCGAAAUCUCUCUGGUUUUUCAGGUCAAAGUUAUGUUUGCCAACAAUAAUGGUCGAAGAUGGACUUGGUGUUUGAUGGUAGUUUCCAUAGGGAUGGCACUAGCUACUGUAGGACUUUAUUUUGCCACUGCCGUUGAGUUGAUCAGAGCUGCUUACAGCAAUGAUACUGUUAGCCGCCAUGUUUUUUACAAUGUUUCUCUGAUCUUACUAGCGUCAUCUGUCAAUCUAAUGACACUAAUGCUAGUGGUAAAAUUAGUAUUAGCGAUCAGAUCAAGAAGAUUUUUGGGGUUGAAACAGUUUGACAGUUUCCACAUAUUACUUAUAAUGUCUUGCCAGACUCUAAUAGCACCUUCCAUUCUAUUCAUUUUGGGUUGGACCUUAGACCCUCAUACUGGUAAUGAGGUUUUAAUUACAGUUGGUCAAUUGCUAAUAGUACUGUCAUUACCGCUGUCAUCUAUGUGGGCUACAACCGCUAACAAUACCAGUUCAUCUAGUAGUUCGGUGUCCUGUAAUGACAGCUCUUUUGGUAAUGACAAUCUCUGUUCCAAGAGUUCGCAAUUUAGAAGAACUUUUAUGAAUAGAUUCCGUCCCAAGUCGGUUAAUGGUGACGGUAAUUCUGAAAAUACCUUUGUUACAAUUGAUGAUUUGGAAAAAAGCGUUUUUCAAGAAUUAUCAACACCUGUUAGCGGAGAAUCAAAGAUAGAUCAUGAUCAUGCAAGUAGUAUUUCAUGUCAAAAGACAUGUAAUCAUGUUCAUGCUUCGACAGUGAAUUCAGAUAAGGGAUCUUGGUCCUCUGAUGGUAGUUGUGGCAGUUCUCCGUUAAGAAAGACUUCCACCGUUAAUUCUGAAGAUUUACCUCCACAUAUAUUGAGCGCCUACGAUGACGAUCGAGGUAUAGUAGAAAGUAAAAAAAUUAUCCUAAAGAAAUUAUGA